AUGUUGAAUUCAACUUCAUCAAACUAAGAUGAAAUAAUCCUAAAAUCAUCAAGAAGGUUUGUACUUGGAGAUCAAGUAAAGGAAUUAGAAUCUAUUCCUAUCUAUAGACCAAUAAGAUCGAAUAAAAAAAUUAAAUUAACACUUGUAACAAAUUAACCUUUUACUUAAUCCAAAAUAUGUUAUAUUUGUCGUAAAAGCUGCUAAAUAAAAUUAUGUAAAUGUGAUGACGUAUAAUAUCAUCCCGAUUGUGUUAUUGCUUAGAUGAAAAAACCUUCAUCUUCAAUAUCAAAUUUACAAUGUCCUUCUUGUUUAUAUUUCUUUAAAACUGAAAUUAAAAAUAAAAAGUAUCACAUAAUCUGAAAUUUUAGAUUUCAUUUAAGAAAGAAUAAUCGUAAUUGCACAGUGUUUUUCGCCAUCUCAAUAGUUAUUCUCUUUAUCAUAAUAGGAGUAUUAUGGAAUAGACUUACAACAUAAUUGAUAAUCAUCUUAUUUAUAAUUAAUAUAGUGCUCUCUUUAAUUGCAUUAUAUUGUUAUAAAAAAAUUUAUUACUUAGAAAUAGAUUGGAGGUUAGUAACAGCAGAAGAUGUACCAACGAAUCCAGAGGCUUUUAAUAAUGCAAAAAUGAUAUUUCAAGCCUUUGAUACAAAUACUGCUCAUUAUAUCUUUGAUACUGAAAUGUAAUGA